AUGGCGCACUCGGGUCAGUCGGACCUUUCUAAGCCGUGUCCACCAAGUUACUAUGGUAAACCCAUUCAAAUAGGUGGAGAACUAAAUGAUUGUGGCUUAACAGACAAAAGCUGUUCAGCUCUGGCUACAGUUCUUGGAUCAGAUACCAAUCUGAAAGAGCUGAGCAUGAGCAAUAAUAAUCUGCGAGAUUUAGGAGUGAAGCUGCUCUGCACUGGACUGAAGAAUAUAAAGUGUCAUUUAGAGAUACUGAGGCUCUCAGACUGCAGUAUCACUGAAGAAGGUUAUAAAGCUCUGUCUUCAGCUCUGAGAUCAAACACUUCACACCUGAUAGAGCUGGAUCUCACUGGAAAUGAUCCUGGACAAUCAGGAGUGAAGCAGCUCGAUGAUUUACUACAGGAUCCAGACUAUCAGCUGAAGACACUGAGGUUUUUGGGUUCUGCUGCAGAUGAAGGCUGUCAGUAUGUGAGAGGAAUUGUGGGUAAAAACCCGUUACUCCUGAGAGAGCUGGAUCUGAGUAAUCGUAAGCUAGGAGACACACGAGUGAAUCAGAUCGCUGCUCUACUGCAGGAUAAACACUGUACACUCAACACACUCCAUCUGUGUGGAUGCAGUAUUACAGAGAAACAGAGUCUGAUCCUGACUUCAGCUCUGAAAUCAAACUCAUCACACCUGAGAGAACUGAACCUGAGCAGGAAUCAAAUAAGAAACACAGGAGUGAAUCACUUAUGUGACGUACUGAAGGAUUCAGACUGUAAACUGGAGAGAUUGAGGUUAGGAUGCUGUUAUAUGACAGAUGAAGCUUGUUCUGCUGUGACUUCAGCUCUGAAAUCAAACCCAUCACACCUGAGAGAACUGGACCUGAGCGAGAAUAAUCUCGGAGACUCUGGAGUGAAAAGCCUCAGUGAUCUACUGAUGAACACACAAUGCAAGCUGCAGAAACUAGAUCUUUAUAACUGUGGCAUUACAGAUGUUUCUUCUUUAGCUCAGUCUUUGAGAAACACAAAAGCGCUGCAGUUUCUAAAAGAGCUUGAUCUGAGAUGUAAUAAGAUUGGAGACUCGAAGCAGCGGCUCAUUGAUGUGAUACGAGACUCAAACUGUAAACUGAGUUCUUUACUAAGACCAACACAAACAUGUUUAAACUAGACGACAAACGCCUUU